GUGAGCGCGCACUGCUUUGGUUUUGUUUUUCCGGGCGGAGGAAGCCUGGGAACAGCUCGUGCGGGUGGUGGCGGUGCAGCCCCUCUCGCUGGCUUCUCUGCCUGCCUGCUCCACAGACACUCAGCUCCCGGGCAAGUCUAGUCCUCCGCCGCGCGGUCGGGGAUCUGUACCUCGCUUCCACACUGUCGCGUCCCUUCCGGGCUGCCCCAGUGCGCCCGAAAUAGGGCUCGUGACGUGGUCAGCCUUGUCCCCAGUACCAAAGGGACAGGUUCUGGCACGAGUGGUGGGUCAAGAAGUGUUCGACGAACCUACUGAACUCUCCAGCCUCCUAAAUAACUGAUCCGAAGGCUGAACGUUUGUCCCUAUAAAUCACCGCAGAGGUGCCCCUCCUCCGCCGGCCCACACACCGUCCGGGCCCGGCCCGGCCCGACGCCUCGCUGGUUUCCCUUCCACAUGGGGAUGUCGGGCGCGGCUCACUGCAGGAUUCGAAGCUGCACUCGGCCUCCUGAAGGGGCCGCUUGGGACGGAGUCCCCUGGCGGCUCAGGAGUUGAGUCUUCGAACUUCAGGAAAGAUACGUUCCAGGGCGCAGUUCCUAUGGCAACCGUGCCAGCCGGCGCGCCACUUGGAGGUCUACUGUCUGGGAUUCCAGCCAGCGUCUCUAUGGUUUCAGCAGCCUAGAAAGACCGGCACAGCAUUUCCGGGAAGAUGGCGGCGAAUAUAUCAGGUGUAGCACAUGCUUCCGCGGAGAGGACUUCGCAGUGACGGACGACGUUCUCUCCUUCCCUGGUGAGACCCUGAGAGCAGCCUCUUCAUCCACCAUGAGUGUCACCCCAGAGGCCAAGGGUCGAGGGAUGAAGUUUGCUGAGGAGCAGCUGCUAAAGCAUGGAUGGACUCGAGGCAAAGGCCUGGGCCGGAAGGAGAAUGGCAUCACGCAGGCCCUCAAGGUGACACUGAAGCAAGACACUCAUGGGGUGGGACACGACCCUGCCAAGGAAUUCACAAACCACUGGUGGGAUGAACUCUUCAACAAGACUGCAGCCAACCUGGUGGUGGAAACUGGGCAGGAAGGAGUGCAGAUCAGGCGCCUUUCUGAGACUACCCAGCGUAACCACCCCAAGCCCAACCUGCUGUACCAGAAGUUUGUGAAGACAGCCACGCUGACCUCGGGGGAAGAGAAGCCCAACGGAGACUUGGAGAGCUGCAGUGACAGCCACCAGGAGCCCACGCCUCCAGAGAUUCUGACCGAUGAAAUGCUGCUCCAGGCCUGUGAGGGGCGAACGGCACACAAGGCUGCCCGUCUUGGGAUCACAAUGAAGGCCAAGCUUGCUCGGCUUGAGGCCCAGGAGCAGGCCUUCCUGGCUCGCCUCAAAGGCCAGGACCCAGGGCCCUCCCCACCACAGACUGAGAGCAAGCCCUCCAAGAAAAAGAAAAAGAAAGGGAAGCAGAAAGACGAGAAAGAGGCUAUAGCAGAAAAGAAUCAGAAGCACCUAAAUGACAAGCACCUAGAAUACACUAAUCAGAGCACUGGGAAAAGCAAGAAGAAAAAGCGACGGAAAGAAGGAAAGGUCAGAGAAGAGACAGAGGGAACAACUGUAGGAAGCGAGGAAGAGGCUACAGGGCCUGGGGAGCUGAAGAGCAGAGCACAGUCUGGUCAGCCUCCCAAGAAAAAGAAAAAGAAGCAACACCAUGAAGAGAAAGAGGAGGGGGCAGGGAUCUUGCCUAAGGGGGGAAGAGGGAGAAGGGAGGAGGCUGUGGUGGGUGUCGGGGAAAAGGUGGUGAGUAGGGCAUGCACGGACCCGUGCAGAAGCAAGAACAGCAGGCAGCGUGAGGAGGAGCGUUUGAGCACAGAGGAUGACGGCAAGGAGUCAGCUUUAGGUGGUGAGUCUAGGGAAGCAGAAAGCGGAACACACAGUAAGGGAAGCAGCAAGAGAAGCAAGAAAAGACGGCCGCGUCAGGAGGAAGAGGUCUUGAGCCCAUGCCAUGAUGAUAAGGUCGGUGGGACUAGGGAAACAGACAGCAGAGAGAAGAGGCAGGGGGAGCACCCAGAGCAGGGGAGAGCUGGUGUCAGCACAGAUCGGAGAGCCAAGAAGAAACAGCAGAGAGACUGAACAUCUGCUCAAGGUGGGGCUCAGCUGAUUCCCUUCCAGCUGUGGCCUUGGGACCUGCGUUGCUACACUACGUGGGGUCCCCAGAGGAGGAAACGGAACUCACACCUUAGCCGAGGGCGUGGAUGUAGAGCCCUCUUCAGCUUCUCACCCAGAGACCAUGAUUUCAAGUGCUUCCAGGAGCCAGGCAGUUGAGGGACAAGGGGUGCUGGGGAAUGCAGGUGGGGUGCCUGCAUUGAGGGAGCACCCCGCUAAAAGGCUGAAAGGCAGACUACAGCAGUGACUUGACUUUUAAAUACUGUGAUCUAAAAAAAAACAAUUUACGUCUGUGGGCUAGAUUCAGCUCACAGGUUGGCAAUUUCUAACACUUUAUAAACAAACACCAUCAGCCUGGGUUCCUGGCCUACAGAUGGGUCCCAACAUGCAUCUGUUACCAGCCCGGGAAAAGUCCUAGUACAAAUGAAGAGAUUUUCCUUGGGGUCUUUCAAGAGACUCCAGAGAAGGAAAAAGUGGAAACAAAGUUUUUGUACAUAGGGAGGAGAAAAAAGGAAUCAGGAAAAAAGGCGGAGGUGCCCUGUACAGGUGCAAGCUCCUAUGAUGAGUGUACACCUAAAAUGUUGUUUUGCUGUUAAAGAAAAAAUUCCUUCCGUUCACUUCCUUAUGUCCUGUUAUGCCAAUACAAGCGGAAGCAGGCCGGGCAUGGUGGCACAUGCAUGUAAUCCCAGCACUCGGGAGGCUGAGGCAGGAGGAUCGCC